AUGGGUGAACCCAAUGGCGAUUGUGUUCAUGGCUUAGAACGGGGCGGAAACGAUCUGAUCUAUGAAAGGGUGCUUGUUGAUGACGGAGAAGCCAUAUACAUCGAAGGAGGAGAAGAAUACGGAGACGUGUUUCGUGAAGAGGAAUACAUCCAGCUCGAGGAUGGUAGAUUUGUCCAGGCGAACCCCCACUCAAUAGUACCUCAGCCUUCUGUAUCAAAUCAACCUCAAGUUUUGCAACAAGUGGCAGUUGCACCGGUUGCUCAACGAGUCCUUGUUGAAUCAACACCUCGAAUUCAAGGCCACCAUGUAAUCGCUCAACAAAACUACCAGCCACGCGCUGCGCAAGUCACUCGAUAUAAACCAGAAACUCCAAAAGCUUCAGUUUUCGAGCGAUACAUCAGCAAUGUGCCACGACAAAACUCUUUCGAUUUACUGGAAAAAGCCACUGUGCUCAGUUUCCCGCUCGUGAGCGCCAGUGUAGCAAAGUCAUACACCUCUUCCCCUUCGACAGCAUCACUAUUCCAGUUGCCUUCUACCCAGACAACAUCUAAGCCUAAAAAGAAGCCUUUACCCGGUCAACGGAAGCCUUGCAAUUGCACAAAGUCCAUGUGUCUGAAGUUGUAUUGUGACUGUUUCGCCAAUGGAGAGUUUUGCCUCGAUUGCAAUUGCAAAGACUGUCACAACAAUUUGGAACACGAUGCUGACCGUUCAAAGGCGAUAAAACAAUCUUUGGAGAGGAAUCCAAACGCGUUCAAACCAAAAAUUGGGGUGAAGAGUGGCAAGGUUGACGCGGAAAGGUUACAUCAGAAAGGGUGUCAUUGCAAAAAGAGCGGUUGUUUGAAGAACUAUUGUGAAUGCUUCGAGGCCAAGGUACCGUGCACCAGUCGAUGUAAAUGUCAUGGAUGUCAGAACACAGAAGGAGAUCGCGCCAAUCGAAACGACAGGAUGUCUGCGUCGAGUUCUGCAUUGAUGAAUUUGGCGAAUGCUGCCUCUUCACUUACGACGGGAUCACCAUCUUCACCGCUGUCAGAUAACGAAUCCGAGGCAGAAUCUUCCACUGCCCGCCCUGAUCCACGAUCGUAUCCAUGGUUCUACAUGACGGAUGAAGUAGUUGAGGCAGCAACACUGUGUCUGGUAGCUCAAGCAGAAGAAUCACUGUCAGCAUGCACUGGUGAAGCAUCAGAUGCAGUGAUUGAAGAUAUGGAAAGAAUGAUGCAUUUGUCAGACAGCGACAAGGAUUUUAUGGAGCGGGCAUUUCAGUUAGCAAAAGAAGCUCUCGAAAACAAUGAAGUUCCUGUAGGAUGCAUUUUCGUAUAUCAUGGUAAAGAGGUAGGAAGAGGUCGGAACGAGGUCAACAGCACAAAAGACCCGACGACACAUGCUGAAAUGGUUGCUUUACGAAGAAUGGAGUCGGAGCUUCCGAACAUAAGAGAGAUUCUUCAUGAUUUAGUUCUCUACGUGACGUUGGAACCAUGUAUAAUGUGCGCUAGCGGACUCUAUGAAUUAGGUAGGUGCACUUAG